AUGCAUUCUGCAGUGAAAGAUGUUGUAGAAAACCAAAUGACAUUGAUGAGUGCAUCCAAAAAGCAUGGUGUAAGCAAGUCAGCUCUACAGCGGAAAGUGAAAAAGUUUAAAUUAGCUAAUGAAGAACAUGAAGAAAAUACAAAUGAUUUUGAAUUCGGACGAAGCCAUGGUUUCAAACUCAUAUUUACCAGUGCCGAAAAGCAGCUAUUAAGCGAGUAUAUAAUUGAAGCUUGUGAAAUGUGCUACGGCUUAACAUUAUUGAAUACUCGUGAAUUAGCUUACAAAAAGCAAAAUAUUGAAACUUAUAAGAAAAUGGCAGCAAAUGAAGAGAGUUUAACAAAUAAUGAACAAGAAGAAAGGGAAAAUGAGAAUUUUAAAGCCAAAACUGAUGAUCUGACAAAAGAAAUAAAAUCAAAACAGAAAGUUUUUGAUGAAAGUUUAAGAAAUAAUAAAAAUAACCUUAAAAAGCUUCAAGAAACUCAUGAAAAAAAAGUGAAUAAGGCUAAAGAAAAAGCUGACAAGUUUAAAGAGAAAAUAGCAAGAGAACACAGUAAAAAUAACGAACUUGAAGUCAAAAUUAAAAAGCUAAAAGAAGAACUAUAUUAUUCUAAUAAAAGCCUAAAAAAGAAGAAUCACGAAAUAGCUGAAUUAGAUAAAGAAGUUAAACAGCAAAACAGAGAAAUAAAAUUUAAACAAAAAUUUGUUGAUAAAACAGAAAAUGCAAAUAUAUACUUGAAGAAACAAUAUGAAGGAAAACUCAAUGAAGUUGAAAUUGAUGCUGAAACAAUGAGAAAACACUUGAAAGAGCACUUAAAAGCAAAAUAUCUAAAAUUAAGAAACAUAAAAAACUUUGAAAGUCAAAUAAGCAAACUAGAAAAUGCGAUUUCUAACAAACUAAAACAAGAAAACCAUAAGCAAACUGAAAAUUUAUCAGAACAAGCUAAUGGGAAAAUAAACAAGAAUUCUGCACUAAACUUAGAUUUGCAAGAAUACGAAAAGAGUUUCAAAGAAUUGUCGCAAAAAGUCGAAAAACAAAUUGGCUACUUGCAAACGCAAGACAUGCAAAAAAGGGAACUAAAUGCUCUAGGAAAACAAAAUUUAACUCUAGAACGCAUAGAAGUACAAAAGAUUGGAAUCCACGAUCCAGUAUUUAAAGAAAAUUACGAAAAAGCCCUUAAAGUGCACUUACCUUCUACCAGUUCUACGAAUAGUCCUGUUACUCCUAGCACUAGUUGUAUGGACUCAACUGUUCCUUCAGCCCUAAACUUAGAUAGUAACCAAGAAGACACUGAAAGCAAUGAACAUUCAGGAGGUGGUGAAAUAUUGAUGUGGUCUUCGCGAAAGCCUCUUUCAACAGAUGUGCAGGCCACAACAUAUUUAUUGGAGUUGAGAAAAGAAAUGAGCAAUCAGUUUGAUGAUCGGAAGCACAGCAAGAAUACAUUGUGGCAGCAAAUCGCAAAAAAGCUGAAUGAAAAAAACUUUUUCGUUGGCCAAGGACUUGAAGGAGCAGAGAAAUGUAGAAAAAAAUUUGCCAACCUUCAAGCAAGUUACGUGAAGUACAAGGAUAAAAAGAAAGGGACAGGGGAAGGAUAUAUUUGUAAACCUCCCUUCUAUGAUGAAUUAGAUGAAAUUCUUGGGUUUAAGGACAAAAUUACUCCACAAUUACUGAUCGAUAGUACUGACAAAUUAAUAAUAACUGAAAAAAAAAGUGUUGAUAAAGAAAAUAAAGCAAUUCCACAUAAAAAACGCCACUACAUGAACUGCCAUCCACUUCAAAUCCAGAAGCAAAUUAUGAAAAAAAUAAAUUUGCUAGUAUCAGAUCCUCUUCAAAGCCCAAAGACAAACAUACAUUAUUCGAAGAAAUGA